AUGACUUCGGACCGAGAACUACAAAAGCUACAGCUGGAGAAACAAGAUCUUGAGCGAUCUCUGGAGGAACAAAAAGAUCGUGUAGCCAUGGCCUUUGACCGCCUGAAGAGAGCUGAGGCACACGCCAAUGAAAGCCAGCUAGAACUUGACCGGACCCGUGUCGAGAAUACUGAACUGGAUAGAAUCAAUGCACAAUUGGAGAAGCAAGUCAAAGACCUAAACGUUCGCGUGGUUGACCUUGAAACGAAGUCAUACGCAAACUCUCCUCACCCAUCCUCUACUGUCAGGCAGCUGCAGAGCCGUAUCGAUGAACUCACUACUCAACUCAAGCAAGUAUCAAGCGAGAAAGUCGACUCCAACCGCUUGCAUAGCUCUGACAAGGCAAUUCGCGACAUACAGCUACAGUUGGCCGAAAGCGAAAGGCACCAUAUCAAAUUGGAGGAGGAGCGAAAGAUCUCUGAGGGUCAAAUCACUUCGCUCCGACAGACUCUGGACAAAGUUCAAUCAAGGGAGAGUGAACUUGAGCGCGCGAAACGUCGCCUAGAGCGAGAGGCUGUGGAUUCCAAGCAGGCAGUGCUGAACCUACAACGUGAAGUUGAACGACUGCGCGCACGCCUUAAUCGGCCAAUGUCAGUCGUUAGUGACGGAGGCUCCACCCUUGCAGGUUCGGGAUCUCCUCGGAAGACGGCUCCAUAG